GUAGAAUUUAGCUUUAGAACAACCACCCUUUCAUAUCCUUUAUGGCUUUAUGUAACAAGGAAAAUCAUCAAGUUACCGUUGGUUUUAUUUCCUCGCAAUUACCCGCCAAAUUCAGCUUUCAUUACUAUUUUUUCUGAAUCCCCUAAGAUUAUCCCUUUAUAAACAUUGAUACUCCAAAAACACAAACUCAAAAAUUGGAUGCUUUGUUCUCACUAUCUCCACCAUCUUGGAGUUUGCGCCAAACGCUAUUCUCUCUCCUCAGGCCAAAAACUCCAUGCCCAGAUCUUCAAGCUCGGUCUUCAACACUAUGGCCCUAUACCCAACUCCCUUGUUGAAAUGUAUGGAAAAUGUGGUGUCAUUAAAAAUGCACUCAAAGUGUUCGAUGAAAUGCCUCAAAGAGACUUUAUUUCUUGGGCUUCAAUUCUCACAGCUUAUAAUCAUGCUAAUCUUCCUCAUAAAACACUCUUUAUGUUCAUUGAUAUGUGGAAUGUUGAUAAGUUACAACCUGAUCAUUUUGUGAUUGCUAGUCUUGUUAAGGCAUGUUCUAGCUUAGGUAAUAUUAGGCUUGGUAAACAAGUUCAUGCUCAUUUUGUUGGGUCACCCUUUUAUGAUGAUGAUGUAGUUAAAUCGUCGCUUGUUGAUAUGUAUUCGAAAUGUGGGAACCUUGAUUAUGGUAGGAUGGUUUUCGAUUCGAUUAAGGUGAAGAGUACGAUUUCUUGGACGGCCUUGAUAUCGGGUUAUGCUCGGAUUGGGCAUAAAGAUGAUGCUAUGGAGCUCUUUAUGAGGAUGCCUGAUAAGAAUUUGUUGUCUUGGAGUGCUUUGAUAUCUGGGUUGGUGCAAAGCGGUCAUGGGAAUGAUGCUUGUAGUGUUUUUAUGACAAUGAGAAGAGAGAUAGAUCAUAGUGCUGAUCCAUUUGUUCUUUCGAGCAUUGUUGCAGCAUCUGCUAAUAUGGCAGCACUCCAGCUAGGGAGGCAAUUACACUGUUUGGUUAUACUGCUUGGGUUUGAACGCAACUUAUUCAUUUCUAAUGCACUCAUUGAUAUGUAUGCCAAAUGUAGUGACUUAUUAGCAGCAAAAGGCAUUUUUUCUUGCAUAUCAAAGCGAGAUGUUGUGUCUUGGACUUCCAUUAUAGUUGGGAUGGCCCAACACGGCCAAGCGAAGGAAGCAUUGUCGUUUUAUGAUGAGAUGGUCAAGGAUGGUGUUAAACCUAAUGAAGUAACAUUUCUUGGGUUGAUUUAUGCAUGUAGCCAUGUUGGUUUAGUCAACAAAGGUAGAAAUUUUUUUGAUUUGAUGGUUGGGGAGCAUGGAAUGAGACCUUCUUUGCAUCAUUACACAUGCCUGUUGGAUCUUCUAAGCCGUUCUGGUCAUCUUAUUGAGGCUGAGAAACUUCUUACUACGAUGCCAUAUGAUCCCGAUGAAGCUGCUUGGGCUGCUUUGUUAAGUGCUUGCAGAAAACAUAAAAAUACAGAGGUUGCAGUUAGGGUUGCUGAUCAUUUACUGAAUUUAAGACCUAAAGACCCUUCUACAUAUAUUUUACUUUCUAAUACAUAUGCUGCUUCUUCUAUGUGGGGAAAUGCGUCUCAAGUACGCAGAUUGAUGUCCAUGAUGGAUUUAAAGAAAGAGCCUGGUUAUAGCUGUAUUGAACUUGCAAAGGAGAGUCAGGUGUUUUAUGCAGGGGAGUCGUCUCAUCCUAUGCAGAAGGAGCUUCUUAGUCUUCUCGAAGAGUUGGAUGCCGAGAUGAGAAAGAGAGGUUAUGUUCCAGAUACUAGUUUUGUUUUACAUGAACUAAAACAGCAUGAGAAGGAGAAGCAUUUGUUAUGGCAUAGUGAAAGAUGGGCUGUAGCAUAUGGCUUGCUUAAAUCUGCUCGUGGUACUGUCAUACGCGUAGUCAAGAAUUUACGAACUUGUGGGGACUGUCAUACGGUUCUAAAGUUCAUAAGUAGCAUCGCUAAGAGGGAGAUCAUUGUUCGAGAUAUCAACAGGUUUCAUCAUUUUAAAGAUGCUUCCUUCAUCAUUUCAGCCAAUUCUUUGUACGUUAAAGGAUGACCCAUCUUUGCCAUUGAUCCUGCCAGCUCUGCUGCCGUGAUGUAUCCAUUACCGUCGCGAUCAAACGACCGGAAAACCUCCAAUAAUUGUUCUUGGUUGAUCAAAAUGUCAUGUUGGUUAAGCUCAGGGACCUUAAUAAUGCCGCGAGCUCGAGUUGUGUUAGGCUUCCAUCCGAGUCCAUAUCAAACCGCUCAAAUAUGUGUUUUAGCUGUUGUAAUUGCUCCGCAUUGAAGGUUGCCAUUGAUCCGAGCCAACAACCAACAGCCAACAACCAACAGCCAACAGCGAACAGAUAACAGCCAACAACCAACAGACAACAGCUAACAGCUAUUGCAACCGCUCGUAUAUAUAUGCUUUUUUUUACCUGUUUGUGGGUUUAAGUUUUUGGUUAUGGUUAUGGUAGAGGAAAGUUAUGAUUAGGGAAUUGGGGUUAUUGGUUGAAAGGGUCUUACCAUAUUGGAGAGGGUGGGGGUUUAAUUAUAUUGUUGAAUGUUCAAAGGGGUGCAAGUGGGAGAAAUGAAGUCUAAGUAUUGUUGUUUUUUCUUUGUUUUGGAGGUGGGUGUGAUCGAAGAAUUGAUUGUGAUUUUGGUUUUGCAUGGUUUGUGUUUUUGGGAAUGGUAGAAGUUCUUUUAAUAAGGGUCGUUCAUUUGCCUAUUUUUAAGGGAAUUUUAUUACCAAAUUUUGGCUGUAAUUUCAUGAAGAUUUUGAUGUGAUUGACAUCUCUAUUUUUCAAUAAAAUGUUGCAAUCAAUAUUAUGGGA